UCUCAAACUACCAGAGCACGAGGAGCGGUGCUUUGAUGAAAACAACGGUCUCGAAUUAAUUCUGUAUAACACAACAGCUACGGCAACGUCAAGCUGUUUGGAAACGUACAUGACCACUCAGAUAAUUUCGGAAUGGCAAACAAAGAAAAUUUUGGAGGAGUAUGUUAUUAAACCUGAGCUGCUAGAUCCGGGACUUACAACAUUUGAUGGUAAGAGGUCGUUCACGUGUCAGUGUUGUCCUAAUUUCAAAGGCCGUUACUGCGAAGAACUGGAUGGUUGCCAUGACAACCCAUGUAAAAAUGGUGGAUCUUGUUUCGACGUAACAGACGGGAUUAGAAACGCUGGCUACCGUUGCUUAUGUUCUCACGGGUUUCGGGGUUCCAAAAGUGACUUUGUGGUUAACAAAAGUCGAUGUGAUGAACAGCCAUGUUUUAAUAACGCCACCUGCUGGGGAAAUGAAACAAACUACUGGUGUGACUGUCCAAAAGGGUUCGCUGGUCAGAACUGUGAGACGAAUAUUAACGAGUGUCUGUCCGGCCCUUGUGUCCACGGGGUAUGUGAAGAUGGUAAAGGAGUAUUCACGUGUUAUUGUCUACCGGGUUUUGGAGGUGAUCACUGUGAGUUCGAGUACGACGAGUGCGAUUCUAACCCUUGUGUCAACGGAGGAGCAUGCGAAGACCUGGUAGCGAGUUACAAAUGUCACUGUGGUCCAGGCUACAAAGGCAAACGAUGUCAGAUUAAAGUAAACCUUUGUAGCCCUAACCCUUGUCCUAGUCCAGCACAGUGCGUGGACAGAGGCAACAAUUACAGUUGUAUCUGUCAUUCAGGCUAUAAUGGAGCAGGCUGCACUCAGCAUUACAACCCUUGUUUCCCAAAUCCCUGUCAGAACAGCGGCAGCUGCUGGCCUAGUCUCGACACAUUCUUCUGUUCCUGUCGGCCUGGCUACACUGGUGACCUCUGUGAAGUGGAAAUGCUGUAUCAUUCUAAAUCACUGGCACACACACUUAAAAACACUGGCGGAUUUAGGGAAGACGACAACAUGCUGGAGCUAGUGAACACUCCACUGGACCACUUCCACAAUAUCUAUAUCGCCGCAGCCACUUUGGCUGGAGCCUGCUUGAUCGUGGCGUUCGUGGUCACCGUAUGUCACUGUCGUGUCCAUAAGACCUACAAAAGGCUGUUCACUGGUAGUUUCCAUGGAGACACGCCCUCUGACGCCAAGAAUCUGAGACGUGAAGAUCCAGACAGAUUUGUACUGAGUCUGCGUGGGAGCGUUUCUAGCUUUCACCCUUUUCCUGAUGGCGUCUACGAGGACACAACCAUUGACCUUUCAGAAAAUCUCGAUCGGCCACUCAUUGACUCAUAGAAAUUUCAUUGGACCUUUCUUUCCGUCUCAUUUUUCGUCCGUGAUCCUGUGAUUACGUCACCUCCAGCGUCACCAAUAACGAUGUUUUAUUGUACAACCUAGAUAACGAAUAUACAUAUUUUACAAGUCUGUUCUUUAAUUAUCUUCAUCAAAAACACUAAUCGAGUUUAUUUUCAAUCCAAUGAUAAAAAUGAAUUAGGCCAUACUUUUUACUUCUUUCCUGCGGAACAUAACUUUUAAUUUGUUAUUUCGUUACUGGGGCGUUGACCAGUCAGAGCUCAUCAGAACCAUAAGGCUUUGCACGUUUGUUAUUCCUGUAAAUGAAUUAUUGAAGUAAUCGUCAUUCUUUUUUCUUUUUUUUUACUCCAGCACUGGAGUAAACAGUCCAAGAAACGUAUGCAGAAAUUGUAGUUUGUGCUUGGAUGUAAUGUCACUAUCAUGGUUAACAACCAAUUUGUAAUCAAACAAAACGGGAGCAUAUAACGAUUUGAAUAUUGAUUAAAAAACACUUAAAAUAUAAUUAGAUUUUUUCUGUCAUGAGCCUUCAAUGGAGAUUGAAAUUAAUGAAAUUCAUUAGGUUCUGUACUGUCAAAAAUAUAUUUGGUACAAUUUAUUUAUAUUUUUGUAUAUAAAAGAAGAAAUUCGAACAGUAUUCGACUUAAUUGGGUUAAUUCAACGUUAAAUUGUUAAAUAUGUCUUUCAUUCUACUGACCUAGAACUUCUAAUCAAUGAACUAAGUAAGAUAAGAAGACUGACAUUCAUUUAUUUAAAUAUCACGACCGAAAAAAAAUCAUUUACAGUAAAAGUAUCCAACUGAUGAAUCUCCACACUACAACUAUUAGACGUUUACAGUAAAAGUAUCCAACUGAUGAAUCUCCACACUACAACUAUUAGACGUUUACAGUAAAAGUAUUCAAUUGAUGGAUCUUCAUACUACAACUAUUAGACGUUUACAGUAAAAGUAUCCAACUGAUGAAUCUCCACACUACAACUAUUAGACGUUUACAGUAAAAGUAUCCAACUGAUGAAUCUCCACACUACAACUAUUAGACAUUUACAGUAAAAGUAUCUAAUUGAUGAAUCUCCACACUACAACUAUUAGACAUUUACAGUAAAA